GCUAAAGUACUUUCGCUGUCAGACCGUCCCCAUAUUACCGGCCAGGAACGAGCGAUCCGACGUUUCCAAGGGAUUCUUCACCCGAGGAGAGACGAUGAGUAGUGCUAGCGGUAACUCUUCUAGGUCCGCCGAAGCGAAACGGCGCGCCCGUCGCGUGCCGGAAGACCAGCGGAAGCGUGGGAUUCAGAGUUGUGACCUAUGUCGAAAGAAACGUUGUAGAUGCAUACCUGCGUCCGGAGAGGCUAACCGUUGCACGGCAUGUCUCGCGCAAGAUGUGGAGUGUACCUUUACGCUGCCCCGGAAGACCCGCUUCUACGGCAAUGUGGAAGAUCUGAGUGAUCGCUUUCGUUGUCUAGAGGCCAUCGUCAAGGGAGCCUUCGCAAACGAGGCUACCGAAUCGGUCGCUGAUCUCGUGCAGCUUGGCCGAUCCCGAGGAUACCAGAUGCCCGACUUGUCGCACAGCCUUGAAACAUCGGCCAAGGUAGAUGAAGCUUUGGGAAUACCGCAGCAGCUAGAACCCCUCGGCGGAGGAGGGGUAUCCGUACCACACACAAACCAGUCCACUCGCUCGGGAACGAGACAUAACUCCCACGCCUCGGCACAACCAGAAAGUUCACAUUCGAUCGAUAGCACCACCUGUCUCGUGACCGAUACAUCCGGAAAGGAGCACUAUAUCGGGCCAUCCGGGGGCCUUCAGUUUCUGGGACAGCUGAGAAGGCUCUUGAUAUCUCGAGACCAGAGACCCGGUUCGCAAGGCCUCGAGCCUCCCAGCGUGGCCAAGUUCACCGAAGACGACGGAGCUCAGGCGCUCGAGGUCGAAGACGUUCACGAAGAUAGCCUCGACUCGGGUCCUCUCGAUUCCAGACUCGCCGACGACGCCUCUAUAUCCACUACGCGCGACCAGCGCUCACCUAGAAGCACCGCCUCCCCGGAGAGCAACCAUACCCGAAAGACCUCGGUUGGUAUAGAAGAGCAUUGGAGACGACUCCCCACACAAGACGUACUCGAUAGACUGUUGCAGUCGUUCUUCCAAAAUGUCCACGACGACUUUGUCCUGUUCCAUCGAGGAACGUUCGAAGGCGACUACGAAGCCCAGACGCGGAGAUUCGGUCACUCCGGGGGACAGGAAGAGGAGAAAGAUCUAGACCCUGGACUGCUGGCAUGCAUUUACAUGAUGCUUGUAUUUGGUAGCAUGAGCGAACCUGACAUCGGCGGACCUGAGCUCAAUCAUAACGCGCUGCGAAGGCAUUGCGUGUCGUCAGCUAGAUCCCUCCUACCGCAUCUCAUCAGCAAAUGCACGCUGUAUAACCUUAGAGCCUUGCUUCUGCUAAGUUUGUUCCUGCACAACAACAACGAGCGAAAUGCGACUUGGAACCUCGUGGGGACGGCAACGAGGAUUGCCUUCGCCUUGGGGCUUCAUCGGAGAGAUACGGAGUCGGCAUUCAACCCGAUCGAGAGGGAAAUAAGAAAACGAGUUUUCUGUACUUUGUACGGUUUCGAACAAUUCCUGGCUACUACCCUUGGCCGGCCAAGCGGUAUCAACGAUCCUGAUGUCGAAGUCACCCCGCCACGUCCGGGGAUGUUGGAUGACAAUGGCGGUGGCGGCGAUGCCGUGUUGAUCGCUUCUAGCAUACGGCUGCAUCAGAUACUCGGGAGAAGCAGAACUGGCCAAGGAAUAGGAAACACUGGAGCCGCCAAAGACUCGGGACGUCCAAGUCCCGAAUCGAUCCUUCUAGAACUCGAUCAAUGGCGAGCCGAUAUUUCGAAAAAUCAAUGGUUGAAUAUCCCUCCCAUAAAAACCGGCGAGCGUCUGCUGGACGACAAAGAACCAGGCGCCAUAGGUUUCGACGACCUUAGAUCCCUAUUACGGUGGCAGAGAUCGUCGUUGCGGGCGUCACUAAUGUUACACCUACUCUAUCACUACACCGGUCUAUUCACCACCCGUCCAUUUCUGCUGCAGGAAUUGUCCAUCAACCAACCACCCGGUCAGGAACCAAGCCAUCCGUCCAGCCGACAAGCCUCUCUCGCGGGAACCUGCCUACAACAUGCCAGUCAAAUGGCCAUGAUCAUCCUCUUGCUAAACUCGUUCGGUCUGGUCAAUGGUGUGUCGGGCUUAGACAUCUUCUAUGUCUACUGGGCAUCCAUGAUCCUAUCGUCCGGCAUGCUUCGACACAACGUGGCACCGGAGGAAGCGAGAGUGCUCGAGACUUUUAGGAGUCUGGUGGGACAGCUUAGGGUCGUGUCGAUGAAUGUCGAGAGGAGCGGUACGAUGAAUCGAUUCGCGACGCUUCUGGGCGACUUUGCAGAUUAUGUCAAUUACCGAUACAUGCCACCACUAAAAACAUUGACAGAUGAAGGUCUGGAAAAUAAUGUAGUCGUAGCGGGGAACCAGGUAAAUGGGGUCCCCGGCAAUCCACCACUAGACCCGACCCAUAUUCCAGCGGGUGUGGCGGGUGCGGCGGGCGCUCCAGGUGCUUUCAUAGGCUCUCACACGCUAGACUCGUUCUACUGGUCUAACGAUAUGAUACCCCUAGCGCAAACUAUAGAAGGUGGAGUUGACCUGGACGGUUUUAGCGGGUGGGCUGGACACGUUAGCGGGGUCGUAGGCGAUGUGGACUGGGUUACCACGUUGUCGGGGGGUAUCGAUAUGUCGAUGGGGUACGGGAGUUCCCCUACAAGGCCUCAAUAGCGGUAGGGUAGGUAGGGUUUAGGUAGGUAGGUACUUAGGGUUUGGGUAGCUUAGGGUCAAAAGCCAUGGAUGAUUUAUGAGGACAUCAAAUCAUGAUUGCGCACUGGAAUUCAUAGAUCACUGGGUAGGUAGGUAGGUAGAAAGUCUCCCUAAUCAUUUACUGAAUGAGAACAUCCAUGGAUGUAAACAUUU